AUGAAGCCCGAUCUACUCUACCUCCAGUCCACCACAAUUCCUUCAUCUAUCAUAUCGUUCUUCCGUCAAUACAAGAUGCUGCUCUCUACUAUCUUGACCUUGGGCCUCCUUGGCUCAGUCAACGCCGCUUCAUCUUCAGGCUGCGGCAAAACCCCCGCUCUUGCCAAUGGUGUCCACAAGAUCAAUGGCCGAGAGUACAUCCUCAAAGUCCCUGAUAACUAUGACUCAAACAAACCACAUCACCUUGUCUUUGCCCUUCACUGGAGAGGUGGCAACAUGUACUCCGUCGUCAACGGCGAUAGCAUCCAACCUUGGUACGGCCUCGAAAGCCGAGCGCAGGGGAGCGCGAUCCUGGUGGCUCCUAACGGUAAGAACGCCGGCUGGGCCAACAACAACGGCGAAGAUGUGGCCCUCAUCGAUGCUAUCAUCAAAGAAGUUGAGAGUGGACUUUGUGUGGACCCGAGCUCUCGCUUCGCGACGGGCUUCAGUUGGGGCGGUGGGAUGAGCUACGCACUUGCCUGUUCGCGGGCGAAGGAGUUCAAGGCUGUGAGCGUGUUGAGUGGUGGUGUGAUUAGUGGAUGUGAGGGAGGUAAUGACCCUAUUGCUUAUUUGGGGAUCCAUGGAAUCAGCGAUUCGGUGCUGCCCUUCGACGGAGGUGUGAAUCUGGCAAAUAAGUUUGUUGGAAACAACAAGUGUCAGCCAGCAACUAUCAGCAAGCCGUGGCCGGGAAGUGGCAGUUCAGUCCGAACGGACUUCCGCGGGUGCUCCAAGCCGGUUUCGUUUAUUGCAUAUGAUGGGGGACAUGUUGGUGCGCCUUUGGGUGUUCAGAGUUCUCUUGCUCCCGAUGCUACCUGGAAGUUUUUCAUGAAUGCCUAA